AUGGAGGCGCAGAAGGAGCUGGACGCAAAGCGGGAGCUGUACAUGGUCCGCAUGGCGCGGGUGCGGGAGGUGGAGGAGGUCAUCGCGGCGGACCGGGCCAGGCUGCAGGACAAGCUCGUGCGCUACUACAAGUUCAUCCAGGAGAACGAGAUCAAGCGCACCCGGGCGUCGCGGAAGGCCGUCACGGAGGAGCGCAUCAAAAAGGAGCGGGAGGAGCAGAUCGCGGAGCUCACGCAGCGGCUGGAGGACCUGAACAACCGCCGGGAGGAAAUGCGGCGGCAGUACGACCUCUACGCAAAGUACCAGCAGUACCUGGAGGAGGUGUUGCAGCGCAACGACUGCGACGAGUACCAAAGCCCCCGCGACAUCAUUCAGCGCUGGAACACGCUGCAGGAGAACACGAAGGUUCUGCAGCGGCGCAAGACGCAGCUGGAGGAGGAGCUGCUGCGCAACAAGAACUCCCUCAACAUGAAGCGGCAGAAGAAAAACAACGAGAGCGUAGAUCUGCAGAAUCAACUCAACGAGCUGCAGGCAACGUACGAGUCGAUGCAGAAGAGCAUUAAAAUCAAGCAGGACGAGCUCGAGCGGUGCAUCAGCCAGAGGAGCACAACCUCCCGCACGGUGAGCCACGUGCGAAUGGCGUGCAAAAACCUCUACGACCGCUGCAUCGCGUGGACGGCGCCGUACUCAGGACGCGGGAAGUUUGAGGCGCGCGAGGCGGACGUGCUCUACCAGCUUCACGUGAUUGGCGACUGUCUGCGGGACUUUCAGGACGUCAUCGCGGCGCACCAGCAGCGGCGGCAGCAGCAGCAGCAGCAGCUCUUGCUGCAGGUGGCGGAGAGCCACGCGGCGAAGGAGGAGGGGGAGGAGUGA